UCAGCGACGCUGCCGCCACUCUGCUUCUUCCCUUAUUAUGUAGCUUGGAGUUGUGUGCAUCAGCUGUUACCUUCGAUGACUAAGUCUCUCAUGCGCCCGUCAAGAAGGCUUCCUCUUCUCAUUCCAACUCAAACCACUAUUUACUAAACAGAAAUACAAAUUUCCAGGAUGGUCAAGUUAUUUGCAGUGUGUGUGUUAUAUAAGGGAUCAGAGAAAGCACACUUACUUAAGGCGGCUUAUGAUGUUCAGCAGUUUGGUUAUUUUCAGCGUGGAUCAGUUCAGGAAUUUAUGGCUUUUACCAGCAGAAUUAUCACAGAACGAAGUAAUCCAUAUUCAAGACAAUCCGUUAAAGAGCAAGAAUACAUGUGCCAUGUUUAUGUGCGGUCUGACAACUUAGCUGGUGUGGUUAUCUCGGAUCAUGAGUACCAGUAUAGAGUUGCACACAAUAUGCUUAAUAAGGUGCUGGAUGACUUUGCACUCAAAGUUCCUUCACAUUUAUGGCCACAUGCUGAAGAAAGUGACAUUCCAUAUACAGACCUACCAGCAACUCUGGCUCGUUGGCAGAACCCCCGUGAAGCGGACUCCCUCACCAAGGUUCAGGAAGAGGUGGAAGAGACCAAGAUCAUUUUGCAUAAAACAAUAAAUGCAGUACUGGAGAGAGGAGAAAAAUUGGAUGAUUUAGUCAGCAAAUCGGAGAAUUUGAGUAUGCAGUCUAAAACCUUCUACAAGACUGCCCGGAAAACUAACUCUUGUUGCAGUUUUGGAUAACAGGUUACUUUGAGGGCACUCUGGAGUCGGCUUUAGUGUGUCACUUGCGGUGGAAGAGACAGAGAAUGAUUCAUCCUGCAUAUAUCUUUGGUACAGUAUGUGAAAGUUAAAAUCGUCUUGUAGUAUGUGAGUGUUAAGCAUUUGAGUAAACAAAAUUUUAAAAUUUUUGGUAAAAUUACAAUGGAUAAAGAAGAAAAUUAAUGCCGCGUCAAAACUCACGAUACCAGAAGGAAUCCAGAAUUAUAUGAACAUGUUUGUGAAUGAUGCUAAGAUACUGGGAAAAAUAGGAGACAGACAAUUGUAAUGCCCUUCAAAUUGAUCUAGAUAAAGUGAAUUUUUUUCAGGCCUGAAGAACAAUAAAUAUUAAACUAUGGUAGCAUGAGGAAAACAUACUGUAAUUGUGCUAAGGAAGUCUGAAAAUACUUAAAAGAUACAUGCAGUAACUGUUACAUAGGGAAGAAAAGGAUAGACCACAUCAUUCUUUGCAACUCUUAAUUAUUUUCCUUUCAGUUAUGGCCUUAUGCAGGAGAAUAUUAAUCUCUUAUUUAGAUGCCUGCUUCUUAAACUCUUGUGUGUACUAAACUUAUGUGUACUUGAGAGAAAUGAUCCAGGCUGCACACCAAAAAAGAUGAUCGGUAAACAGAUAUAAUAAUGGAGUCUUAUGGGGUCAAAUAGUGGUGAGGUUUUUGUUUUUCCAUCAAUUGAAUGCCAAUUCCAGUGCAGUGAAAUAAUAAGUAAUAACUUUUGGUUAUAAAUUAGAUAAUGACCAAACCACAACUUGGAAGAUGGAGAAGCGACGACGUUUCAGUCCAUCCUGGACCAUUAUCAAGUCAUGUGGACUCCAUCUGCUAAGUUGUGGGUUUUGUCAUCAUAUCUUUAGCCACAUUAUUGUGACUCAUCGUCUGAUUAUAAAUUAUACAUUUAGCUCCAUGUAGGAAAGAUCUAAAAGCAUCCUUUGAUGAAUGAAAAUGUAUACAAGAUGGAAGAAGUGAAAAUUAGAAUCUGCUUUUCUAAUAUCUUGCCAUCUAUUUACAUUUUUAUAUAUUUUAAAUUUGAGUAAAAUUCUGAGAGGUGCUAAGAGUUUUGAUUUGCUUUUUAUAACCAAGAUGACCCAGCCAGUUGUGCAAAUUAGAAAGACAGACGUCUCGCCCCUACUAUGUAGGUUGGUGGAAAUAUGUUUUGCAUGUUUUGACUCGUGUGCAUGUAUGAAGGAAAUGUUUUCCUUAGUCAGGGAUGUUUACCUGCACUUAGUGUAUGUAUGUUUGAAAAUGUAUUGAUGUAUGUUGUAAUAUGUUGAGCUAGUAAUGUUUUGAGGAUUAGACAAUGUUCUUGUCAAAUAUGCCACCAAAGAUGGUCAAUAUAUCCUGUGGAAGUGUAGUAGCAAAACCGUUUAGCAUCAGUAUUUGGUUAUGCAUUAUUACUUCAGUCUGUGUUGGGGGCUACUGAGUGUGAUAUAUAUUUCAGUGUAACCCCUAGUUUCACACAAAGGAUAUGAAAUAUAUGAAGAUAACCUUGUGUGUUAUUCUGUCUGAGGUCUCCUUUAAUAAUGACUAUUGUUCAUGCUUAAAACUAAAAUUGACUACUGUACUGUAAUUAUUGUUUUCCUAAAUGUCUAAAAAGUAUUCAUGCUUAACAAACAAAUUUAUAAAAUUCAAGUGUUGUUAUAUCUGAUUAGAUGUUUGAUGUGAUUUGGAAUGUAUGCUUUAUGUGAACUUUGUGAACAGUGUAACAAUGCUAUAUAUGUUAGUACUAGAGAGUGAAGUUACUUUUGUUGAAAUUAGAAAUACUAUAAUUAUUUUGCUAAACACAAUUUUCUGGAAGCUU